AUGGCUACAGCAAUGCAAAAUGAUGAUUCUGCCAUUGAAAAAUGGAAACUUCGUCGAACUAUUCAAUAUUUAUCAUCAUUACGUGGACAUGGUACAUCAUUAGUAACAAUAAUUGUUCCUGCUCAAUCACAACUAUCACAAACAACGAGACUUCUUACUGAUGAAUAUGCUCUAUCAUCAUCUAUUAGAUCACCUCAAACUCGACAUAAUGUUCAACAAGCAUUAAGUGCUGCUCAAGGACGACUUCGUUUAUAUACACAAAAUACAUUACCAAAAAAUGGUCUUGUUCUUUAUACAGGUAUUGUUGAUGAUGGUGAACAAAAUCGUGAAACAAAAAUUUCAAUGUGUAUUGAACCAUUACAACCAUUACAACGUGAUUUAUAUCGAUGUACAACUAUUCUUAAACGUAUACAAGUUAGUUUACCAAAAAAACAUGGUCGUGGUGGACAAUCAGCUGCACGUUUUGAACGUUUACGUCGUGAAGCAGUUCAUAAUUAUUUAACUAAAGUUGCUGAAAAUGCUAAAUCAGUUUUUCUUAAUAAUCAACAACAUGGUUUAUGUAAUGUUGAUGGGUUUAUUUUAAGUGGUUCAGCUAAUUUAAAAGAAGAACUUGUUAAAAGUGAUUUACUUGGUACACAAAUACAAAAUAAAAUUCUUCGAAUUAUUGAUGUUAGUUAUGGUGGUGAUAGUGGUUUACAAGAAACACUUCGUUUAUGUACCGAUUUAUUAGCUGAUAUUAAAUUAACACAAGAAAGAGAAUUACUUAAUGAAGCUUUUUGUCAAAUAAAUCUUUCAUCAACAAAAAAUGAAACAAAUACUGUUUCAUAUACAAUUGGUAUUGAUGAAACAUCAUUAAUUCUUAAUGAAGGUAGUAAUCUUAUUGAUCGUUUAAUUAUUUGGGAAAAUUUAAUAACAAAACGUUAUGUUUAUCAAAAACGAGAUGAAGAAAAAAUUAUUAUUGUUGCUGAUAAUGAACAACAAGCACAAAAAAAAUUAAAAAUUUUAAUCAAAGAAAAUGAUAAUGAACAAAUUGAAUGUAUUGAUGAGAUGAAUUUAAUUGAUUAUUUAACUGAAAAUUAUAAAGAAAUGAAUAUGCGUUUAUAUUUAGUUACAGAUCGUUCACCAGAAGGACAACAAUUUCGUCUUGGUUUUGGUGGAUGUAUUGCUUUACUUCGAUAUCCAAUUUCAACUUCUAUUUUUGAUUCACUUGAAAAUAAUAAUGAAAAUAACGAAAUUGAUACAUACGACUAUUAA